AUCUCUGAGGAUGUGGGUCGGACCAGAACAGAACCUCCUCUCUCUCUCUAAUUGACUUUCAGCUGAAUGUUUGGAGAGUCUUCUCCCCUCAGGGGACCAUUAUCUGCUGCUUCUCAUGCAUUUCAUUACAUGCUGAAGUUCCCUCCUCCUCCUCCUCCUCUUCUUCCCCUCUGACCUCAGGCUGCCAAGAAGAGGAAGCUGUGGUUGAAUCGGUGCAGUCACGCUUGGUGUUACUGCUCCUCGCUGUAGAACUGACUCAGAAACAAACAAUCCUUCUCUCUCCAGCAUGGCCUCCUCAGUCCUCCUCCUCCUCCUCCUGGACUCCACGCGCUCGCUGCCUCCUCCUCGGAUCUCCUUCCUUCUCAACUCGACAGACAGACCUUUGAAUCACUUCAGCCUCCCAGACGUUAGCAACACCACCGCACUGUUGCUUAGCAACGACGCCUCCACCCUUUAUGUGGGAGCCCGGAAUGCCAUCCUCUCAUUGGAUGUGAGCCAGAGUGAUGUCAUCCAGCUGAAUAAGCAGGUGACCUGGAGUCCGUCUGAGGCUGAGAUGGAGAGCUGCGCAGGCAAAGGGAAGAACCGGCAGCUGGACUGUCCAAACUUUGUCCAUGUUAUUGAGGCAGUGAACUCCAGCCACCUGUACGCCUGCGGCAGCUUCGCCUACAACCCCCAUCAAGCCUUCAUCGACAUCAGAAGCAUGUCUGUGGUCCAUCAGGCUGAGGCUAGAGCUCACUGUCCGUACAACCCUGUGGAACGGAGCUCCGCGGUCAUCAUCGAUGAGGAGCUCUUUACAGCCUCCACCACAGACUUUAAGGGACGUACGCCACAGAUUUCUCGAUUCCUCAGCAAAGAUGGCCGCCCAGACGUCAACCUGGACUCGUCUGUCAGCCGACUUGAAGAGCCAACAUUUGUGAGCUCCUCGUUGGAUCCUGCAGAGAAAAAACUCCACAUCUUCUUCAAUGAAGUUGGGAAAGAGUUCAACUUUGUCCGCCAGCUUCAGAUUCCCAGAGUGGCUCAAGUCUGCAAGGAUGAUGUUGGAGGGCAGAGGACUUUGCAGAAGAAGUGGACAUCUUUUGCCAAAUCCUCUCUGCUCUGCCAGCUUCCCAAACAACUUCCAUUUAACAUCCUGGAGGAUAUGUUCACCCUGCAGCCACCAGAGGGCGCCGACACAUCAGAGACACUGUUCUAUGGUGUCUUCACCUCUCAGUGGUCCAUUCGGCCAGAGUCUGCCGUGUGCAUAUUUAAGCUGACGGACAUCCGGAACGCUUUCAGCGGAAGCUUCAAGACUCUGGAGAAAGAAACAUAUCAGCUGAAACUCUCUCAGAGACGUGAUUACCUGGGAAAGUGUGGCCUGUCAAACGCUUCGGAUGCUGAACUCUCAGAGGUGAAAAAGAGUUUCCUGACCAAUGAGGAUAUACACCCAGCUGAGAAGGUUCUGGUUUUCCCUGAGCAGAAAUACAGUCGAAUGGUGGUAAUGACGACACAGGCAGCCAACGGAAAACAGUUCAAUAUCCUGUUCCUUCUGACAGAGUCUGGAUUCCUCCACAAAGUAGUUUCCUUGGACCAGGGUCCCCGAGUCAUUGAGGAGAUUCAAGUCUUCAAGGAACCUCAGCAGGUCAAAAGCAUGAUAAUCUCUUCCUCCAAGCGGGUUCUGUAUGUGGGAACGUCUGAAGGAGUGACGGCCGUACCGGUGGCCCGGUGUUCGGUCUACAGAAGCUGCAGCCAGUGCCUCCUGGCCAGAGAUCCUCUGUGUGGCUGGAGUCAGACCAGGAGAACCUGCACAGCUCUGGAUGGCAGCAGUGCAGACAUAAUUCAGAAGGUGGAGGGCGACAUAGUUGGAACCGAAUGUCAGCCAUCCGAUGAGCACGUGAUGAAACGAGAAGUCGUUGUUCGGCUGAAUGAGCUGGUGAAGCUGGACUGUCCCAAACCGUCAAACCUAGCCACACUGAGUUGGAGCUUCUCUGGAACCAAAGCUCUGCCAUCGGAAUUCCCUCAAAUGAGAGCUGACGGCAGCCUCAUGUUCUUUGCCUCCCCGACCAGAUUUGGGGGGUACCGCUGCCAGGCAAAGGAGGAUGGGCUCAGAGAGCUGGUCGUGAUCUACACGGUCCGAGAGGCAUACAGUCCACGCCAUCUGCCCAAGCCAGUCACAGAGACGUUGGCAUCACAGAGCCCAGGGGAUGAGAACAUCGGAACCGAAGAACCAACCGUUUCAGACGGACACAAGAAUGAAGCAACUACAACCGAUGGAGAAGGUUCUGAACCAAAGAACAUCCAUAAAGGAGAUAUAGAGGAGCGAGUGACUGUAGCUAAAGGCGAAACCUUCUCAAGAAAAACCCACUCCACUCAAGAUGGUUCUGGAUCGGAGGAGCCUGCCCCGACCUCCAGGACGGACAGCCGGUCCAUGCUGAACCCCAGCCAGAGCACUCCAAACCAGAGGAGCUACUACAGCGAGCUGGUGGUGGUAACCUUCCUGCUGGUCGUCUGCCUCUUGGUCCUGGCUCUGGGCUUUCUCUGGAUCUGGAAACAAAAGAAGGCUGUAUCUAGAGGCAACGGGAUGUUCAGCCCAGAGGACAAAGGCAGAACCAACACAUGCAUACAGGUGAGCGAGCUGACCACCCUGGAGGGCGGUCCGGAUCAGACCAUCACCCAGUGACCAUGUUGGAGUCAGAGAUGCCCACAGUCCUAUGAAGCUCAGCCAACCUGGACCUCCUGCUCUGGGUCCCGUCCCGCUUUCUGUGGUUUAUGUAGAAUCUCACCCGUUUCCAAGCCUGCAUCCAAUGACUCGACAUCGCCUUAAAACAACAAAAUCAAUUAUUUCAGUUUCAUUCUGAAGAUUCAUCAACUUUCAGAUUUAAUCAAAUUAUUUUAACUGAAAUCAAUUUGAAGACUUUAAUUGAAAUAGAGGAAGGAAUGGACGCUUCUGACACUGCAACCUUGGAGGAACCUUUUUAUUUCCCUGCUUCAUCCUCAUGAAGCCAAAGUUAGGAUGGGAAACAGAACUUUUUUUCCCAGUCCUUCUUCUCUUCAUCUGCAGAAUUUCCUACAAAUUUCCCUUA